AUGGCACUAGCUGAAGACCCCAACAAGGUACGUGUGUGUGUGCUGCAGUCUGCACGCCUUCACCACCAUCCGCUCGAGCUGUAUAGGGCGAUUUGCCGCAUUUCAUACACAGGCGAUGUGCGCAUGGCACUAGCUGAAGACCCCAACAAGAUCAGCAGAAUCGUCUCCGGUGGUUUCCACCAUUUCCGCUCGCUCUAUCGCUCCUCUCUCCAGCAUUUCGUCAACUCAGGCUGCCUUCACUGCAUCUCGUCCACUCCUGCCGAGUCUUCCACAGCUGGACAACGGAGCAUCAGGUUGAUAGGACAGGAGAUUUCAAUCACUUGUCGCCAAUACCUCAUUCAGCACAUCCCAGCCUCCAUUCGCGCCUCACUCUCACUCCGCCUCCUCCGUACUCCACCUUACCUUCCUCGCUCCCCUCUGCCAUCCCACUUUUGCAAAUGCUCAGCCCUUCCCAGUUCCAAGAUGUGGGAAAGAACACCGGCGUCCCAGAUGCUGAUUCAACCCAGCUUUGCCACGUCAGCAGCUCUCUCGCGUCGGCUUGCAUUGAGUGUCUCCAGAAACGUGUUGUGUGCUGAGCUAGCAGCUGAGCUGGCGAGGCGAGUGCGCAUAGCCAGUGCCAGGCAGGCCGUAGCAGGAGUGCUGGCAGCAGGUCCCGCACAUGCUGCAAGGUAUCUGUCCAAGAAGCUAGCCAAGGCUUGGAUGAAAUCAUAG